AUGCAAAACAACCAAGGAAUGAUGAGACUAUCAUACGAAAGCAUUUACGAUGAGAUUCUGGCCAAAGCAACAAGCUCACAACACGGCUACACAGAUGAAGAAGUCAACAAUGUCUUGAAAGAGAUGCAGGAAAGAUACCAGGAAAGAUAUCCCGGGGAAGGUUAUGAUCUAUGUUUUUGUGAUAUCGCAUGCCCCGAUCAACCCUGGUUGGUCGAAAGUUGGGCUUGGAUACAUUUAUUUCCCGGAGAACCUCGACCUUGGCGCUCAUCAAACCACACAGAAGAAGAGUCAGAAUACUAUAUGGCGCUAAAUAGACAUGCGAUAUGCUCAUUCCGAGCCACGAGCAAAAGAGCACAAGUUACCGGCCGUGUAGCAGGUUCCGUUUCUGUGGCGGCCCAGCAGUGGGAUACCGAGCCGGUUGUCAAAGAUGGAUCUGAAAUGGAUGCCGAGCCGACGCUAGCUGCAAAUGACGAUAUUCCAAGAAAACGAUCCAUGCCAGCUAAUGAGGAAGCACGAAAAAAGAUUAAAACGAUGAGGGAUACGUAGAUUGUAGCCAGCGCGUUGAGUUUGAAGGCGUGGUGGAAUAAUGAUACGAUCAGUCGUUUGCAACUCUUGCAAGAAUAUUAGAGCAAUGAAGCACUCCGGUUAUAGCAGGAUACGUCUAUUUCACAAAAUUGCAAAAUGAUAAUGUUGCUGAAUCUGGAGGAAGUCGGCACCACGGCGGUGACCAUAAGAGAACAGAGCUUUCCGAAAUCGCUAAUUGAGACCUGUAGUGUCAGUCAUAUCAGACGUGGCAAUGCAUUGGUUGAAUCAUUCGGUCUCGGCGGUAUGAUGUGAUUGAGAGUACGUAAGAGACUGUGGAAAAGAGGUGUUCAGAGAGUUCAACUUGUCUCUUUGUUAGGAAAAGCGAGUGCUAUGUAUCGAUGCAAAGAUACAAGCUCUUUUCCCAACGCAGAGCUGGCCCAGCCGAGUCUUUAACUCUCUUCUAACAAUUUUAGCUUUUCUAUACAAAGAUAUAUGUACCCGGAAGAGCUAUAUGAUUCGACGUCGAAUAUUUCAUUAGAGGCUAAAGAGAAUG